AUGGACAUCCCACGGGCAUCCGUGUCCUACCCCAUGGCGGCCUGGGCCUCGAUCUUACCCAUGAAAACCCUCCCGGCGUCGUGCACCAGGUGCGUGGCCGCCUCGCCGCAGUGGGACGUCGGCCGGGCCCUGGCCCUCUCCGGCCUCUUCCGUCUCCUGCAGGGCGCGGGCAAGGCCUGCGCGGCCCCGUUCCUCACGCUGUACCUCCGGCACCUGGGGCUGCCGGCCCCGCUGGUGGGCGUCGUGGCCGGAGCCAAGCACCUGGCGGCAGCUCUCUGGGCUCCCCUCUGCUCCCGCUGCCCCAAGGGCCGCAGGAAGCGGCGGCUUUUGGUUGCCGGCUCCUUGCUGGGCUCGGCGGGGGCCAGCCUGCUGCUCACCCUCAUCCCGCCCGCCGGCGGGGACGCGGGGUACAAGUACUGUAACGCCAGCCAGCAGCCGGAUGACCGAGGGGCUGCCACCACGGCAGCCGGUCCGGGCACGAGCAGCUACGUUGUUCUAAGCACGAGUGCUAUUACGAAUGCAAAAGCUGUGUCAAAAGAAACGACGAAAACAACCGCUGACGUUUUGAUGGCGAGCAGAAAGCCAACGCUAACCAGUUCGGCCUUCCAGGGAUUAUUUGGCCUGACAGAUAGGCUUGAGAAAAAAGGCAGAGGGGUUGGUGAAGGUGAUGCAAAGACGAAUGGCUACUUGGUUGGUCCCUCCAUCUGGACAACUUCUGUGAAAGCAGUUAACUGGGAGACACGAGAGCCAGAAAUGCUGUCUUCCUACGGACCUCCCUUACAUGGACUCGAGAAGGAAAUGAGCAGUCUGGGUCCUGCUGCAGUAGAUCCUGCUGAUAAUGCUGAAGAAAGCCCUUACGCUAUUGAAAGUAAUGAGCUCUCUUUGUUUAAAACAACUCUUCCUACUGUUGGAGAUGCUUACGUGUCUGGAAACGUUUCAGACCACCGGAAAGACACUCAAGAUUUCAGUUUCAAGGCAGUGCAAAACAUCUUUCAGGACAGAGAGCAUCAGAUUUUUUUUAUGGUACUGGGUGCUGUCGUGCUUUGGGAGCUGUUGGCUACUUCUCUGGAAUGGACAGUGGAUGAGAGUCUCUAUGAAUUUCUCGACUUCGUUGAUGCAACUGAUAGGUAUGGCAAGCUGUGGAUUUGGAAUUACCUGGGUGCAUCUGUAGGUGCCUGCAGCAUUGCCGUAUUCGUGGAUCAACUGAAUUGCUUCCUCAGCAGUACAGUCACCCGCCUUGCUGUCCAUUUUUAUGGCUAUGCUCUCCUGAUAACGCUGUCAUUGCUUGUCAGUGUCUUCUUUCCCAUCCACAUUCCCAAGAAAACUGACCGUGUUAACAAAACCACCAAAGCCCUGGCCCUACUGUGGAGCGACGGCCGAGCAAUCCUGUACACCAUCACUGUCUUCUUCACUGGCAUGGCUGGGUCUGCAGUGCACAACUUUCUUUUCUGGCAGAUGCAGGACCAAGGCAGCACUGAGCUGUACAUGGGGCUCUCUGUGGCUGUCGGGCUACUUGCUGAAAUUUUGCUUUAUUUCUUCAAAGGGAAGUUGCUGAGGACUUUCUCGAGCAGCAAAAUUGUUGCAGUCAGCCUAAGCCUCCUGGCAGUACAGCUUCUGUGCUAUUCCUUCUUGUGGACUGCAUGGUCAGUUCUCCUUAUCCAGAUUUUAUCUGCCUUCAGUAGUGGUGCUUUGUGGUGGGUGGUGAACAUGAUGGUGGAUGACAUAGCCACUCCGGGCAUGGAGAGGUCCCUGCAUGCUGUUCUCCAGGGCCUCUGCUACGGUGGAGGAGCAAGCUUGGGCAGUUUUGCAGGAGGAUUUGUUGUGAAGCACUUUGGCCUGGCAGUUCUGUACAGGGCGUGCUGCGUGUGCCUGGUGCUGUGGCUCUUCUUGUUCUUAAUUGUCCAAUCUAAAUUGCCGCAGCAGAAAAAAAUUAAUUAUUCUCGUCUCCUGGCUGCCGAUUCCAGUGAUAUGAGUGACUCGGACGAGAAUGAAAGGGACUGGCUGGUAAAAGCUAUGAAGGAUGAAAGCUUUAAUAGGAAUUGGUCACAACAGCAUGGGAUCAACUAA